GUAUUUAUGUGGCAACAGAUAUUUAUACAUAUUCCUCCAAAGAGAGGGGAAUUCCAUACACUUUUAAUAACUUGUAAGGCACAAAACAAAUUCUUAAACCAAUUUCGGCAAGAAAAACCCCAGAAAAAAAACUAAAAAAAACUCAACAAAAUGGUGGAUGAGUACACUUCAAGCACUUUUCUGAAUCCGCUCUUUGACCACUUGGCGGAAUGGAUACAGUCGGCCGGGCUGAAAGCCAAUGAUAUGGGCCGCUUCAUUGCCAUUGUUCUGGCCUUGAUUGCAAUGAGCUAUGUCCUGCUCUUUGUGGUUCGCAUUCUGGUGGCUAUAACAUGGCCCACCUUGGUUGUGGUUGGAUUCCUUCUAAUAUUACGCUUAAUUACCUUCAUGGAGGUGGCAGAAGGAUUCAAGGAGCUGAAUGGAGUGGUAAACUUUAGCUUAGUUCUUAUAAGAGAUCUGCUUCGCGAAUCAAUUGUGAAUUCUCUUGAUGACAACGUUGCAAAGACGUCGGUACAGUGAAGAUACUUUCUUAUUUUAUACGGCUAUCAUUUCAUCAAUCAUUUCGGAGUUGCACUUCUGGAGAAUAAAAUUUGUACUAUAAUUAUGUAUGAUAAAUUUUCAAAAUUUAAAUAAUUUAAAUUAUAUAAAGUCGAGCAAAAAAAACAAAUAAACUGAUCCUUUUUUUACA